AUGUCAGUGGAGCGUGUCAUGCCGAACGAUUGCGACCCGUCAGGCCGCCGCUCGUCACGGCCCUUGUGGACCCGGAGCGGGGGCGCACACACCCUCACGAUCGCGGCGCUUGGCGGUGCCGCGUUUCUGGCUGGUUCCGGGUUCGCCGCCGGGGCCGACCUGCCGCAGAGUAAGGUGGCGCCUGUUGACUAUGUCCGUGUCUGUUCGACCCAUGGCGUCGGCUUUUUCUAUAUUCCCGGCACGGAUACCUGCAUCAGGAUCGGUGGACGGGCAUCUUUCGCCUAUGAGUUCGCCCAAUACCGCAGUCUCAGUGGCCACGACAAAUCGAAUUUCAUCGCCGCCGGCCGCCUUCAGGCGGACGCGCGCACGGCCACCGACUGGGGCACGCUGCGCACCUUUGUGCGUUUUGACAUCGCCAGCCGCACCGGCCAGCAGCACGGCGCCUCCGGCACGCUGCGCGCCAUGGGCCCCAUGGGCUUCAACGCGACAGGCGUCGACACCUACAACCGGGCCUACAAAUAUGUCGAGGUCGACAAGGCUUUCAUCCAGUUUGCGGGCCUCACCGCUGGUCGCGCCUCGUCCUUUUACGACUUCUACAUGACCGACAUUGAGCUGACGAAUUUCUCCAUCACCUCGAACGUCCCCUUCACCAAUCUGCUCGCCUAUACGGUGCGCUUCGGCCAGGGCGUCAGCGCCACCCUGUCGAUGGAAGACCCCACGUUCCGCCGCAAUCCGCUCUUUUUUGGCGCGGUGGGAUCAAGCGGCGUUGUGCAGCCGUUUGUCGGUCUGAACGCCGGCGCAGCAAGCGCCGGCCUGUGCACGAACGGCACGGUGGUGGGCUGCACGUUCGGGGCGAUGGUCUACACUUGGGGCCCGGACGGCUGGCAGACUGGUUAUACCUAUGUGGACGUUGCCCAGCGGCUGAACGCGCCGGAUGUGGUGGCCAAUCUUCGCGUCGACCAGGGCUGGGGUUCGGCGCAACUGUCUGUGGCGGCGCACCAGCUGUCGGCUGGCGUGAAGUUCAACCUGCCGUUCGCUGCUCCUGGCGACGCCCUGUGGCUGCAGGCGGCCUAUGCCCGCGGCGCCAUGUCUUACACGGGCCUGUCCGCGCCGACCGGUCACGACAGCGCCCUGCAGGGCGGCAUCGGCGGCGGCGUCCGUUUCAACGCGUUCAAGCUGGACGGUUAUGUCGAUCCGUUCAGCGGCGCGAUCCGGCCGAGCACGUCGUGGUCGGCGACAGCGGCGUUUCUUCACUAUUGGUCGCCGCAACUGCGCUCUGGCUUUGUGGCCAGCUACGGUCAGUUGCGCUAUCCCAGUGGAGCGCGAACCAACGGCCCUCUGGGCAAUAUCGAACUGGGGGCGGGCGGCGCCUACAGCGUCGCAUUCCGAAAUUUCGGCCAACUGGUUGGUCUCACCAAUCUGGUGUGGUCGCCGGUCAAGGAUCUCGAUAUCGGCGUGGAAGCGCUCUAUCAGCGCAUCAACGUCAAGGGGCGCGUGUGGGACGCCAAUCGCGGCGGCGCCGCCGCCAACCGCACCACCAGGUAUGAUGACAACUGGCUGACCCGCCUGCGCAUCGACCGCACCUUCUGA